AUGUCAAUCUGUGGACAGUUGGAACCGUUUGACCCAGCUUGUCACAAUUUCAAGAGAUACGCUCAGAGAUUUGAGUUUUAUGUACAGGCAAAUGGCAUAGAAGAGGAGAGGAAGAAAUCAGUGUUCCUGACAUUGAUAGGCUACGAAACCUACGAACUGCUUGCAAAUAUAUACGAGCAGCCAGAGACUCAGUCACUAGAUGAGCUGAUUGGGAAACCUACCUCUCAUUUUCACCCCAAAUCAUCUAUAAUUGCAGAACGUUAUCAGUUUGGUUGCAGAAGGCAAGGAGACCUGGAAACUAUUGCUGACUACGUUGCAGAGCUACGCAAACUAGCUACAAGAUGUAACUUCAAGAAAGACGCUCUUGACGAGACGCUUCGGGACAGAUUUGUUUGUGGACUACGACAGGAGUUCAUAAGAAGCAGGCUACUCACAGAGAAGGAUGAUCUAUCGUUUAGUCGUGCUGUGGAACUUGCUACAGGCUUAGAAGGGGCAAAGAAGCAUGCUCACAUGAUGAAAGGUGACCUCGCGAGUACAAAGAAAGAGCAGCAGGAUGGUAUCAACCGCACAGCAGACAAGAGACCUCCUAUGAAGCCGUGUUACAGAUGUGGGAAUGCUCAUUCACCUUCCACCUGUCGCUUCAGUACUGCCAAGUGUCAUAACUGUGGUAAACUUGGUCACAUAGGAAAGGUCUGUAGGAGCAAACCACAGAAGCCAGCUACCUCAAAGCCACCACAGAGAAAAGAUAGGUCCUCCCGCCAU